UUGGUAAUACACAUCACUUGGCCCAGCAUUAGACAAUUUUUUUUUUUGUCUGUUUCACCUUCUCUGCUUUUUCUUUUUUUUUUUUUCUUUUUUUUUUUUUACUACACUCUAAUAAAAUGAUGGCGAAUCAAGACGACGGUGCAGGUUGUAAAUUACUAGACUCAUUUGCCAUUUUCGUGCAGCUUGUGCUGGCCACACUUGCUUUCUCUACACUUUAUAUUAAACGACAGCGUGAAUCACCGCAACGACCUCUAUUCAUUUGGUCGUUCGACGUCAGUAAACAGCUUUUAGGCGGAGGUGUGAUUCAUACACUUAAUCUAGUCGCUUCCCAUUUUUUCGGAAAGAGUCUAGACGGAGAACCGGAAUCGAAUCCUUGUGUUUGGUAUUUCUUGAAUAUUCUGAUAGAUACGACGUUCGGUGUGUUAAUUAUAUGGGCAGUCUUAUCUAGUGUCAAACAUGUAACAAGGUUUUAUAAAUGGGAUGGAUUUCAGAGUGGAGUGUAUGGCGAUCCUCCCUUACGGAAUCAGAUUAAAAUGUGGGCAAAGCAACUCGGUGUCUAUAUUUUGGCUCUAGUCACCAUGAAGGUAGUAGUCCUGUUCCUGUUUGGUAUUUGCCCUUGGCUAGAAGGCUUUGGUGAAUGGGUCUUGAGCUGGACUGCAGGAAAUUACAGACUUCAAGUCUUGUUUGUUAUGCUAGUUUUUCCUUUGGUGAUGAAUAUUGUGCAGUUUUGGAUCGUCGAUACCAUUGUAAAACACAAGGACAUUUUGCCUAUUCGAUUAGAUGGCGAUGAAGAACUCGCCCAGGAUAUGUUAAUAUCGGACGGAGAGUAUACACAAGAUGAUGCGUUCUUUGAUGAAGAUGAUGUGGAAGAUGCUACCUCCAUCACCUCGUUCAAAAUACAGCGCACCUCCAUUUCCGACGAAAGUCUCUAUGAAUUACGCACCAGCGGACCAAAGAAAUAAUUACACAUCUAUAUUACUCCCUCAAAAAAAUAAUCUAUAAAAGAACUUUUUUUAAUACAUCAUAUCCAUGACAACCAUUUUAUUUUUUCACCCACAUGUAAUUUGGUGUGACUGUAGCCGAUAUGCGUGCGUAAAUUUUAAAAAAAAAUAGUGGGGUACCUGGGGCAGGCAAUUUGUCUU